CAGAGUCACGCUUCUGGGCGUGCCCCCCGCCAACCCAGAAUUGGGCGAUGAAAAACUUCCGGUCGUGGCGAGCGAGCUUCCGGUGGCGAGGCGAAUGGCCUCACUCAGGGCCGCGUUCGGGGCUUCGCUCGCUGCUGCCGGGACCCGGCUGCAGUCCGUCGGCCUCGCGCUUCCGUCGCCCGCGCUCUGGUCCGCCUGGGCUGCUGCCAUGGAGCCCACGCCGCGCUGGCUAGCGGCGCUGCGCUUUGACAACCGCGCACUGGCCCCCUGUCCUGGGUUUGAUUCCAGACAGGCUGAUGGUCGCAAAGUCCUGCGGUCAAGCAUCCGUGAGUUCCUGUGCAGUGAAGCCAUGUUUCACCUGGGGAUCCCCACCACGAGGGCCGGGGCCUGCGUCACAUCUGAGUCCACAGUGAUUCGCGACGUGUUCUAUGAUGGUAAUCCAAAAUAUGAAAAGUGCACGGUUGUGUUGCGUAUAGCUCCCACUUUUAUAAGAUUUGGCUCCUUUGAAAUUUUUAAGCCCCCAGAUGAAUACACAGGGCGUGCAGGCCCUAGCGUGGGACGGAAUGAUAUCCGAGUGCAGAUGCUCGACUAUGUGAUCAGCUCUUUCUACCCUGAAAUCCAGGCUGCCCAUACCAGCGACAGUGACAACAUACAGAGGAACGCUGCCUUUUUCAGAGAGGUGACACGAAGAACAGCACGGAUGGUGGCCGAAUGGCAGUGUGUUGGCUUUUGCCAUGGUGUACUCAACACUGACAACAUGAGCAUCGUGGGGCUCACUAUUGACUAUGGACCCUUUGGCUUCCUGGACAGAUAUGACCCUGACCAUGUAUGCAAUGCCUCUGACAAUGCUGGGCGCUACACAUAUAGCAAGCAGCCUCAGGUGUGCAAGUGGAAUCUGCAGAAACUGGCUGAAGCCCUGGAGCCUGAGCUGCCACUUGCUCUGGGUGAGGCCAUCCUAGCAGAGGAGUUUGACAGUGAAUUCCAAAGGCACUAUCUACAGAAGAUGCGUAAGAAGCUGGGCCUUAUUCGAGUGGAGCAGGAAGAAGAUGGGACACUUGUGGCCAAGCUUCUGGAAACCAUGCAUCUUACUGGUGCUGACUUCACAAACACCUUCUAUAUGCUGAGCUCCUUCCCGACCGAACCAUCAGACUCAGCAGAGUUCAUAACCAGGCUGACCUCCCAGUGUGCCUCUCUGGAAGAGCUGAGGCUUGCCUUCCGACCCCAGAUGGAUCCUCGGCAACUCUCUAUGAUGCUGAUGCUUGCACAGUCGAACCCACAGCUCUUUGCACUCAUUGGCACUCAAGCAAAUGUCACAAAGGAGCUAGAGCGUGUGGAACAACAGUCACGGCUGGAACAGUUGAGCCCCGCUGAAUUGCAGAGCAGAAACACAGACCACUGGGAAACCUGGCUACAGAAGUACAGAGCCCGUCUGGACAAGGAGAAGGAGGGCGUCGGAGACACUGCUGCCUGGCAGGCCGAACGUAUGCGCAUCAUGCAUGCCAACAACCCCAAGUACGUCCUAAGGAACUAUAUUGCACAGAAUGCCAUUGAAGCUGCUGAAAACGGAGACUUCUCUGAGGUGCGACGUGUUCUGAAGCUGCUAGAGUCUCCUUACUACAGUGACACAGCAGUCACUGAGGCCACAGGCCCUGAAGCAGUGGCAAGGACCACUGAUGAGCAGUGUUCCUAUAGCAGCAGACCACCCCUCUGGGCGGCAGAACUCUGUGUAACAUGAUCCUCAUAGAGGCCUCGGUGUCCUCACAUGUCUGGAGUCUCCCGAGGCUUCCCCGGCGCUGCUGAGUUGUUGAGACCACUGGGAUCUCUACCCUAAUGGUCUCUCCAUGAUGGCAGAGAUCUCCAGUCAAAACCUGACCCAUCUCUGUCUGAUACCACCUUAGCAGUAUUGCUCUGACCUAGCACUCAACAU